AUGAGAGCUCUUUGGGCAUUUUGCACCAUCUGGUUGCAUUGGAUUAGCUACACAGAUUCACUGCCUUGUGACUUCGGAGAUCCACCUGGAUUACUUAGCAUCAACGCUCUCGCCAUCUGCCACAUGGACAUCGAUGACUUUGACACCGCAACUGUGAUAUGUCCACGACAAGUAGACGACACGGAAUAUAUUUGGCAUCCUCAACCAAUGUCGGAUGAGAUCGGUCAAAUCAACACAUACGUGAGUGACAAUGGUUCAUUGCGUUCUGUUGCUUUUUCGGAUGUAGUCGCGAUAGAAGCACCACGUUCAUUCGUUUGGGAGGAGUCGAAUGAGUCCCACACGAAAUUGAAUUUGGAUUUUUCUAAUGACGAUAUAUAUGCUAUCGCAGAACUACGUACGAUUUUCAUCUGCGGACCACGAGAUUUGGUCCUGGGUGACACAUUAAAAUCCCACCUUGACAGCCUCAACAAUGCACUAGAAAUACACGAACAAAAUUGGGAUUCAGGAAAUCAAUGGACUGACGAAAUAAAAAGGAUAGGUAAGGGCUUGGGUGUUUUGUUCUUGUACAGAGGGCAAAUGCACGUACCGCUUCAGGGCUGUGGUAGUCGCCCCUCGCCACUGUUCGCUCCAGAGAAUGAGGUGACCAUAGACCCCGUCACCGGAGUCCGUUCAUGCGUGGCGGAUCCUAUGUCUAGAUCACCCAUAGGGUUUCUCUGCGAAGGCAGGAUCGAGCCCGAGGAUUGCAUGAGAUCACUCUUGGACAAGAAUGGCAAAAUUGUGAGUGUUCCUCAACCCGACUAUUAUUGGGAUUUCGAAAACUAUGUACCCGUGGUGGUAGCGCAAUAUUUCGACGAAUUAGAGUUACCAACCAUCAAUGGCGAAUGCAAAUGCAUCGAUCCCGAAACACAACAGGUGAAUGCCAAAAUAGAGAUCCGAUCAAAAACCGACUACAUUUGUGACAUCUCCAGCAAAGUUUUCCUAAACCGUUCCCGCACCAUACGUAGCCCUUGGUGUUCAGUGGUGCUUCAUCCGGGCAGCACCUUGACAAUUAAGGUACCAACACAGGCCGUCAACUCGGCUGCUACCGACGACGAUUACGACGAAGACUACAACGAAGAUUUCUACGAAGAUUUUUCGACUGCUUUAUUCUCGCAAAAGCUGUCUACAUAUGAAUAUGAAACCGAAUUCCUGCCGAAGGAUUUGACCAUAAUGCGACAACUCAAAACCGUGUAUGACAUUGACGUUUACGACGAAAUAUUGUACCACGAAGCCCUUGCUGGCGAUGCUCUCGAGUUGGAUGUUUCCCAAAUAUCUCAGGGGGUGGUAAAGCUGAAGUACCAUCUGGACAAACCGCUCGCACUACGUCAGGGUCUGAAUUCAUUCAUUUUCCAUUGCAUAUCUUCAUACGGUAACAAAUAUCUUUUUGAUCGCAUUCGUGCCACUGUACACGUAUCCUUUGCGGCCACUCACCGCUACGGGAUCGUCGGUUGCGACCGUAGUUCACAAAGUCUGUUUAAUCGUAACAUUAGCAGGCGGUAUUGUUCUACCAUAACGAUUGGAAAUGGGAUAGAGGAUAUAUAUGAAUGCUUGUAUGAUAUGCGGCACGUCCGUCAAGCUGGCAUACACUGCAAUCCUGAUGAAACGCUUUUGCCAGGCGGCUGUGAGUUUGCAGCAUACGAUAUCUCCUCCAAUCAGAUCAGGCCACUUCCACGAUAUAUUCGUAGCGCGAAUCCUCACGCCAUUUCAGGAUUUCACGUGUUCGACUAUAAAGUCCACAACAAUAGCCCUUUCAGUUAUGCAUGCAGCUGUGUAGACCAACGUGGCUAUGAAAAGUCCAGGGUUGUUUUAGAAUAUAACUACAAAAGGACCUAUACCUACAGGGUAAGUUUCAAAAAGACAUCUCAUAUGUUGCUCCCAUACAUGUUGCUGCCAUGGACCGGGGUGCUAUUUUCAAGUGAAGGGGUCACAACGUCCAAUUUGCUCAGGUUACACAUCAUAUCUUUAGAGCCUGUCACCCUACACACCGGCACUACAUUGUUCAUGAAUUGUGAAAUUGGGUUCGAUGCAUGGUUACAAUACAGAUUUGUGAACGACAGUGAAAACUCCCACGGCCUCACAAUGGCUUGGUUGCCAGACAAUCCUGAAGAAUUCUAUUAUACGUUAAACAAAGCAGACAAUUGUUACGAGUUGAUGAGAACAUCAUACAGCGCUUCAAUUGCCACUACGCAUGGCGGGCUGGAAGUUGUUUACAACGAGGUAGCAAGCAGACCUGGAUAUCAAACAUUGAUGCUAAAAUCACAUAGAGGCGCCAUUUUGAUAUCCAAGGACCUACUUCACAAGAAAUAUGUGCCCAUGACAUUCGUGUGCGGCAAAGCGCCCGACACAUCGGAUUUCCCCCUCAUCACUGGUGACGUUUCUUCCUCGGCCGCAUCUACAACCUUCACUCACCGUGUAAUUGAAUCAUCUUCACGAUACACUUGGCACGUUGUUGAAGUUGCUGUAGAGACCACCGACCCCUACAUGCAAGGCUGCGGUGUUACGUACGCAUCAGACGAGUUGUUCAAGCCUGAGACACCUCCACUCUACGACGGUGAUGGGCAGUCUCAGUUCGGGUGCAAAAUAGAUCUUCGAGCUGCCAAGGAAGCCGCGUUCUACUGCCCAGCACCGUACGUCCUGGAACCGCCAAAAUGCUUUGGCCAUGUUACCGUGGAUGGUUCCGUCAAGCACAUAAUCGAUCUUAGCAAUUCAUUGGUUUCUUCGCAUUCGAACCACUUUGCCAUCCUAUGGUUCGAUAGUUCCCGUGUAGGACCUGGGGAAACUCUGCACCAGACGCCGCCAUUGGAAUGCCGCUGCGUCACCGUCAAGGGUAUCGUCCUCUCCACCAUCCAGGUAGAGAACUAUUACUCGAAGUUAUGA